AUGACGUCAGCAGCCGCAAAGAUUUGUACGGCAAGUCGCCUCCGGGCCCUUACCACCGCCUUGCAGGUCGCGAGUGCAAGGGCACUGUCCACGAUGUCACUGGACCCUGUGGAUGUUGGGCGGGAUGACUUGGACGAUAUCUCGGUCUUGGUGGACAAGCUGCAGAAGGUGAUGACACCCGCUGAGGUUCGGGCGGCAGUUCGCAAGGCCUUUGACGACUGGCAGAGAACCUUCAAGACCAAGUAUCCUCAAAUAGGUGCUCUUCAGCAAGCGCAUGAGGAUGACAGCAUACCUGUCGAGAGUUGGCAAGGAGAUCCGGUGCAUUCCCACCCCAUGUCCUUCAUCCCUGCACAACCUCCUGCAGAGCCUUUCGAAGAAGACCACCUGGAGCUAUUGUCUCGGAAGCCAAGAGCAUACCGGCAGCGCAAGUUCCUGAGCCCGUUGGAGUGUGAAACUCUCAUCAGAAUGAUUCUUCAACGUGCCGAGCGGACGAACUUCCAAACGAAGUUGCGGUCGCCUCUGGCACUGAACGACCCCAUGUGGACACCAGAGCAGCAGGCUUUGAUCUUGAAAAUUGAGUCCCGUCUGGCCGAGUGGACGGGUUGCCCUUCUCACCCUGACGAGACCGCUUUGGUGGGGACCUUGACUCCUCCGGAGAAGGGUGAGGCUGCGAUUAGCCAGCACCUGGGCUUACACGUUGACACCAACGCAGCUCACUGGCGCUUUUGCACGGCCAUCAUCUACUUGUCCAGCCUUGGACCUGGUCUGCGCGGUGGGGAGACGGUGUUUCCUGUUGCGCUGGACCCCUGCCGGGAAG